AUGGCGGCGGCGGCGGCAGCCCCGGGUCCCGGCGCAGGCGCGGGGGUCCCGGGCGCGGGUGGCGGCGGGGCGCGCGAGGGCGCGCGGGUGGCGGCGCUGUGUCUACUAUGGUACGCGCUGAGCGCGGGCGGUAACGUGGUCAAUAAGGUGAUUCUGAGCGCCUUCCCGUUCCCGGUCACCGUGUCGCUGUGCCACAUCCUAGCGCUGUGCGCGGGGCUGCCGCCACUGCUGCGCGCCUGGCGCGUGCCGCCCGCGCCGCCCGUGUCGGGCCCCGGACCCGGCCCGCAUCCGGCGUCUGGCCCGCUGCUGCCGCCGCGCUUCUAUCCGCGUUACGUGCUGCCGCUUGCCUUUGGCAAGUACUUCGCGUCGGUGUCGGCGCACGUCAGCAUCUGGAAGGUGCCGGUCUCCUAUGCGCACACCGUCAAGGCCACGAUGCCCAUCUGGGUGGUCCUCCUGUCCCGGAUCAUCAUGAAGGAGAAACAGAGCACCAAGGUAUACCUGUCACUGGUCCCCAUCAUCAGCGGAGUCUUGCUAGCCACUGUCACAGAGCUGUCCUUCGACGUGUGGGGGCUGGUCAGCGCCCUGGCAGCCACGCUGUGCUUCUCUCUUCAGAACAUCUUCUCCAAAAAGGUGUUGAGGGACUCCAGGAUCCACCACCUGCGGCUGCUCAAUAUCCUGGGCUGCCACGCCGUGUUCUUCAUGAUCCCCACAUGGGUUCUGGUGGACCUCUCCACCUUCCUGGUCAGCAGUGACCUGGCCUAUGUGUCUCAGUGGCCCUGGACGCUGCUGCUCUUGGCAGUUAGUGGCUUCUGCAACUUCGCACAGAAUGUUAUCGCCUUCAGCAUUCUCAACCUCAUCAGCCCACUUAGCUACUCAGUGGCCAACGCCACCAAGAGGAUCAUGGUCAUCACUGUGUCCCUCGUCAUGCUGCGCAACCCAGUGACCAGCACCAAUGUGCUGGGCAUGAUGACUGCCAUUCUGGGUGUCUUCCUGUACAACAAGACCAAGUAUGAUGCGAACCAGCAGGCCCGGCGCCAUCUCCUUCCCAUCUCCACAUCAGACCUGAGCAGCAGAGAGCACUUGCGGAGCCCAAUGGAAAAGCCCCACAAUGGUGCACUGUUCCCCCAGCAGGGUGACUUCCAGUACCGCAAUAUCCUCCUCACAGACCACUUCCAAUAUGGCCGCCAGGGCCACCCAAACUCCUAUGCUCUCAGCCGACAUGAUGUGUAGGCCAGGUCAGGCCUUCUGCACCCCCUUCUUGAGCCCAGCAGCUUCAGAAUAUUCUGGCAGCCUGACUGAGCAUAUGAUACAUGGCAGGCCAUCAAGGGAGCUCUGGGUCCUGGUCCCUGAUGGGCUGCAGGGUGUGACCAGAGCAUCGACAGCCACAAGCCUGGGGCAGAAAAAGAGCCAGAGAGAGACCUUGAUGUGCGCAGGGUGGCCCCUGGCAUAUUGCAGAGGUCUGGUCUGAACUUCUGGUGAAGUGACUCUGGAAGAAGUGGCAUCUCUGUGACUGCAAUCCUGGAAGCCAACAGGAGGUGGCAUCUGGGGCAUCAUAUAGCCCAGAGGGAUGGAGGGCUGACAUGGGUGGCAUUACUGUCCCCACCAAUGCUAUAGAGUUCCAGAAUGCCCCAAGGCAGUUGGCCACUUGCAGCUAGUGCUGCCCAGGGGCAGACCUACAGUGACCAUCAGCCCAUCAGCUGUGUCCCUCCUCUGCCAUGUGGGUGCCAAAGCAGGACAUAGCCCUUGGCCUGGGGGGCCCUUAGACUCUAGAGGAGCAGCUUGGCUGCUCCCCACCCUUCUGAUGGCACAGAAGGCCAGGUGGUGGCGAUGGCAGUUUCCUCAGAACCUAAGUUUCUCUGGGGAGCAUCCAUCGGCCAUGGGAGCUUUGGUGCCUGGGUCCCAUCAUGCACUACACAAUGGCUAGUCAGCAGGUGGAAACCAUCUUGUCUCACUUCAAAAUAUGGGAUGUUUGUUGCUGGAGCCAGUCCCUCCCAGCUCAGUGGUAGCAGGCAAUGCCUAAGGGUACUGAAGCUGCAGCCAAAGGAGUAGGAGGAGGUAUUCACACUCCAAGUACAGUGUUGCUUGUUAGUGAGGAGACCAUGUGUGUGUCAGGAUUUGAACUGUGUCCCAGUAAAUGGGACACUAGGCAGGUCUUGGUCUUUUAGUUAGGAAUCACUUUGAGGCUGGGUUGGUAGAGUGCCUGCCUAGCAUGCGUGCAGCCUUAGCUUCUGUCCACAGAAUGUCACAUGGUGGUACAGGCCUGCCUUCCCAGCACUCUGGAAGCAUAUUUAGGAGGAUCUGGAGGACAAGGUCCUCACCUACAUAGUAGGUUCCAACCAGCCUGGGCUACAAUGAGAGGCUUUCUCAGGAAAAUGACCAGUUUAGGGACCUGCCCUAGUGGCACACAUCUAGGGGCUGAGGCAGGAAGAUGGCCAUGAGUUUGAAGUCAGUCUGGGCUACAUAAUGAGGCUCUCUCUGAUAAACAAAGUUUAGGGGCUCAUCCUGGUGGCCCAUACUUAUGGUCUUAGGUACUCAUUAGGUACCCCGUUGGUAAGCAUAAGUGUGAGUUUUAUUGUGGGCACAGCAGGUGAAUGGUAGGAAAGGACACCAAGCUAAGCUCGGGGUAUAAGUGGGUCUCAGAAUAUAGACCAGGCUGGACUUAAACUCAUGGGCUAUACCUGUCUCUGCCUCCUGAGUGCUUGGAUUCUUUAAAAGCAUGGGCACCAUAGCCAGAUGGAGUCAUCCUCACUAAGCCUCCCAGGCUGACCUUUAACUCUGAGCAUUUGUGUCUCCUCCAUCAUUAAAAACUGAGCUCACAGGUAUGUCAUGGCACCCCAGUCCCUAACUCCUGAUUCGUUGGGUCCCUCUGCUUUUGAUUACUUGGAGUUUUGUAUUGAAGGUUAGUUUAUUACUUAGCCUCUUGCUUGCCUAAGAUGUUGCAACCCCAGCCUCUGGAUAGUGUCAUCUGCCUUGCUUACUGGUUUGUACCUUGGUAAGGUCUUCUGUUGGGUUUUCCUCACUGGGGAAGACUGGCCUGAGACACUUGGCACUGCGGAGGGCUCUAUGGGUGACUCUGACUCAGCUCUGGACUCAGAAUGAAUUAUGUCUUUUUGGAUUACCAAGAUGUUCCUGUAAUUUGUGUAUUGAUGUUUUUCCUUUUCUAGGGAGCAAAAAGGCCCAUCUCACUUUUCUUAACGGUUUAUGAAUUAAUGAAUGGGAUACUUAGUUUUGUUCCAAGGCUCACAGCAAGUUUGAACACUGGAAUAUUGGAUGAGAUAGUCAGAGUAGACCAGAUUCUCGGAUCAAAAGACAAACAGUUGGGGCUGCAGCUCUGGCUACAGAGCUCACCUCCAUGCAUGAAGUCCUGGCCACUCUCAGCACCACAUACAGUGUGGCAGUGCACAUCUGUUGCCCCAGUACUCAGGAGGCUGAGGCAGUUAGGAUCAGGACUUCAGUGUAAUAUCUGGCUACAUUGUGAAUUGGAAGUCAGCCUGGGCUAUAUGAGAGAACAAACAAAGCAGACUUGAUCCACAAUUUACCUCUGUCCAGUCAAAGUCAAGUUAGCCCUACUCCCGUGUCUUACUCCCACUACAUUCAUCCUCCCUCUGCAGGUCUGACCUAAUCCACCUGUUAGUGUUCAUAUGAGGAUUUUGUUGCUGCCCCACAUAUCCUUUGAAGUGGCUUAGCCAACACACAGAUCCUGAUCUAACCAGCUCCUUCAUUUUACAGAAGGGGAAACUGAGGCUUAAAGUUGUGAAUGUCUAUCCACUAUUAGAGCACUUGGAGCUUUUAGUUAUUUAUUUCUUUGAGAUGGUAUCUGCCUAUUUAGCUCAGGCUGGCCACAGAAUAGAAGGCACUCCUCCAGCCUUAGCCUAUGUGCCUGGAGGAUCUGCCAUACUCAGCACCUUACUUUGUCAUUUAUUCUAGGGAAACCCUUGACUGAGGAUAGGAGCCAGAUAAAUUGAGGCAGGAAAGCACUUGAAACUUGAUCUGUGUAUUGGGAGGACUCUGAGCAGUGGGCUCUUCAUGGCCAGACCCCAAGCCCCAAAUCCUCAGGUCUGAAACAGGAAACUUUGCUUUCCAUUUUCGUCAUCUUGAGGCUCCUGUGUCAAACUCUCCUAUGGGAGUAGCUAUGUUCCUGGUUGCCAUUUACCAAAAAUAAAUGAUGGUCUCCA